AUGGUCACAUGUCAGUUCUAGACCAAUCAAAUUACGAGAUAUUACGUCCCGUUACGUCCUUAUUCUUUUGAGGGAUCUACUUUCACAACAUGAAACCACUGAAAUAAAGAGGAAGGCGAAUUAUCUCAGGAGGUAAUCAGGAUGCCUUUUAUCGUCGCUGCGUUUGAAUAAUUCCAUCACCAACACUGGGUAUUAUGGCGUCAACUGUGACCAGUCCUGUGCUGCACGUCACUGCAAGAUGGACUCCAGCUGUGAUGUGACACAAGGGCGGUGUGUCGGUGGAUGUGCGGCUGGAUAUCAUGGAAUAGACUGUAGACAAGCAUCACUGAGGGAAUCGGAUUCGGCAGUCACCCCUGUAUUAGCUGGUGUGAUCGGCUUGGUUGCUGGGAUAUGCCUCACAGUGCUUCUUGGAGUUGGACUAUACACUGGCCUGGUAAGACAAUGGAGAUUGCAGUGGAUAAACUCUUCUCAGAAGGAUGAGAUGAAAGUCAGGGCCACAUCAACCCAAGCGGACAGGAACUCUACAGAGCCGUCAGACAACUACACAUCCAUAUCCGAGCAGGCUUGUGGCCGCAGCAUCUACAACAACGACUAUUCUACACUGGACGUCGAGGCCAAGUCGAACAAUGACUAUGACGUCAUUAAGAACAAGGCUUAUGAAAAUAUGUAGAGAGCAUAUCGUAGUAACAGAUUAGUUUAAAUGUUAAUGUAAUUAAAAUGCAUCCACCGCAUCCAUAAUAAUAUUUACAAAAAACCUUGCUGUCCCAAUUGGUAACAGGCUGUGCACGAUAUU